AUGUCGGCCAUUUUUGACUCCUCCUCACCGUACGGCUACGGCGGCGGACAAGCUUCGGGCUCGAAAGCAUCACAGGCGACAUCUCCGGGUCAAACAGGCAACCUCGACUUCUACAGCAGCGGCAACACCGCCAACAACCAGUUCUCGUCCUACUACUCCUCGACAGGCGCAGGACACGAUGGGUACGCAACAGGCAGCAAUGCACGCCCAUCCUUGGAAGGCAACAUGUCCUCCUCAGCAGGCUACGCACCGGGCUCGGCAGCACACGCCAUGAUGAGCUCGCAGAUGGGCUUCUGGUCCGCUUUCGGCACAGGUGGCUUCCCCGACGAGCCACCGCUCAUGGAGGAACUCGGCAUCAACAUCGGCCACAUCAUCGACAAGACCCUGACCGUCCUCAACCCGCUGCACAGCUACUCGGCAUCGCACGCCAAAGAUGCACACAUGAUGGACGACGCCGAUCUCGCAGGUCCGCUGUUGUUCUGCUUCAUCUUUGGCAUGACGUUGUUGUUGGCGGGCAAGAGUCAGUUCGGUUAUGUCUACGGCGUUGCGCUGUUGGGAGCCGUCAGCAUCUAUACGUUGCUCAACCUCAUGAGCGAAAGUGGCAUCGAUGCACAUCGUGUUGCGUCGGUGCUCGGAUACUGCCUGCUGCCGUUGUGUAUUCUCAGCACCGCAAGUAUUGUCGUACGAUUAGACUCCUUCAUCGGCUACAUCGUCUCACCGCUGUUCAUUUUGUGGUGCUCAACGUCGGCGUCGGGCAUCUUUGUGUCGAUCCUACGGCUGUCGGAACAGCGUCUAUUGGUAGCUUACCCCGUCGGUCUCUUUUACGCCUGCUUUGCACUCCUUAGCGUCUUUGACGUGGGCCAAUAA